GUUAGGUUGCGGCGCGGGCGGCGGGCGGAGCUGGUCCUGUUGUGCUGCGGCUCCGCGCGGCCUGCAGUCCCGGGCCCGCGCCCCGCGCCGCCCGCAAUGGAGCCUGGCCCCGACGGCCCAGCCGCCCCCGGCCCCGCUGCCAUCCGCGAGGGCUGGUUCCGCGAGACGUGCAGCCUGUGGCCUGGCCAGGCCCUGUCGCUGCAGGUGGAGCAGCUGCUCCACCACCGGCGCUCGCGGUACCAGGAUAUCCUUGUCUUCCGCAGUAAGACCUACGGUAACGUGCUGGUGCUGGAUGGCGUCAUCCAGUGCACGGAGAGGGACGAGUUCUCCUACCAAGAGAUGAUAGCCAACCUGCCUCUCUGCAGCCAUCCCAACCCCCAAAAGGUGCUGAUCAUCGGAGGUGGAGAUGGGGGUGUCCUGCGGGAGGUGGUGAAGCACCCGUCAGUGGAGUCUGUGGUCCAGUGCGAGAUUGACGAGGAUGUCAUCCAGGUCUCUAAGAAGUUCCUGCCGAGCAUGGCUGUUGGCUACUCCAGCUCAAAGCUGACCCUGCACGUGGGCGACGGUUUUGAGUUCAUGAAGCAGAACCAAGACGCCUUUGACGUUAUCAUCACAGACUCCUCAGACCCCAUGGGCCCUGCGGAGAGCCUCUUCAAGGAAUCCUACUACCAGCUCAUGAAGACCGCGCUCAAGGAGGACGGCAUCCUGUGCUGCCAGGGCGAGUGCCAGUGGCUGCACCUGGACCUCAUCAAGGAGAUGCGGCAGUUCUGCAAGUCGCUCUUCCCCGUGGUGGCCUACGCCUACUGCACCAUCCCCACCUACCCCAGCGGCCAGAUCGGCUUCAUGCUGUGCAGCAAGAACCCGAGCACCGACUUCCGGGAGCCCGUGCAGCGGCUGACGCAGGCGCAGGUGGAGCAGAUGGAGCUGAAGUACUACAACGCCGACGUGCACCGCGCCGCCUUCGUGCUGCCCGAGUUCGCCCGCAAGGCCCUGAACGAUGUGCGCUGAGCCCCGGGGCCACCGCCGUGCCACCCAGGACCUCGGCCUGGAGGGGGGAGGCUCCAGCGUGCCCAGGCCCUGCCAGCCCUGGACAGACCCCCUGCCAGCUCGCCCACCGACCAAGUGUCACAGGCCCCAGGAUGCUGCCCGGCCUGCCCUGCUGGGCGGACUGCGUGUCCGUCUCCGGCGUUCAGCCCCAAGCCUAUACCAGCUCUGUACAGCACCGACUCGGCCCUCCUGCCCCAGCAAACACGUGUAUUUAUAACAAAGUGUGCGACUGUGUGCCCUGACCCUCGCCAGUCCAGCAGGAGCCUCCUCUGCAGGUGUGGGGUGCGCCCAGAAGUGGGGGUCUGCAUGCCCUGCCCACACUGUGACACUGGGUCCUUUCCUUGACCUCUGGCACACAGGGACACAGCAGUCACCAGACCAGCCCCAAGUCUGUCCUAGGAAGCUGGCUAGCCCCUGGGCCCCUUAUCAGCAAGGCCCCAGGCUCACACCCCUGGGGCCAGGACCUUGGGGCUGACAGGACCCAGAUGGGGCUGCUGCAGGGGCUUUGGCCUCCUGGGGCUGCCCUGGAGUCGUCGAUUCCAGCCUCACAGGAUGACAUCUCCUCCUGUGCACCCGGGUGUGACCCAAGGGGCUGGUUGGAACGCAGCCAGAGCUCAGUUACCUGAGGCCUGUUACGCACAUCAGGAAGUUGGCCAGGUUCUGGGCGCAAGCCUGAGUCGAACACCACCUCCCCACCCCCAACCUGGAGUUCCUUCUGGAACAUUCAGCCACCCCAGGGGUUUGGGCUGAGAGUGCAGGGGUGGGAGGGCGCAGGGCUGUUCCCUCUCCAAGGUGCUGAACCUGUGGCCUUCGGUGUCCCCGGCACCUCACCACCUGCUCUCCAGGACGGGGGCUUACUGGAUAAGAGCCACCAGGAGGGUCUUAGGGUCUGGUGCAGAUUUGGGAAGGGGGGGGCCCUGACCCCCACCCAGCUCUGGGGAAUGGCCUGAAAAAGCCUCCGCAAAAGCCAGGUCAGGGAUGGGUCUGGGGGAGAGACUAACAAGAAAAUUGGGGAUAAGGGAAUAAAUAAGCCCCCGCUGGGGGUGGCACUGAAAUUGCCUCCCUGGGCAGCCACCUUAGAGCCCUGAGUUGACAGGAGCAAUUCUGGACAUCUGGAAGGAUGGGGUGGUAAGCUAGGGUCCAGUUUUACCACGGACUUGCCCCAGGUCACUGCCCAUCUCUGGGCUGUGCCCACCCUGCUUUCCUCCCACCCCAUUAGCCCACUGGGCUCUGAGCGCGUUCAGACCUUCAACCCCCACAGCAGGUCUGAGCGCAGUCCAGCCUCCCCUCCCCCCGUCCCAGGCGAUCCUAGAAGCAGGCCAGAGCCAGGGUCUGCCCUGGGGCCCCCACGCUCAGGGAGGCCCCAGUGCAGCCAGGGGACAGCCUUGGCCACGGGGCCCAGCCACUGGUGGUCAGGGCGGCUGGCACUUGCUUUCUGUUGCGUGCCGAAGUCCACACGGUCCCCAAGCAGGCAGCCACCCUUAUGAGCCCGCCCCCCACUGCUGCCGGCCAGGGCUCCUGGUAGGGAGGCCCGCUCAGACCCACUCCACCCGUUAGGCCCCAGGCAGCCCCAUCUCAAGGGUGACCCAGCCGGGGGUUGCUGCUGCAGGAAAAGGUGGGACCAACCGUGGACCCCAAAGAUCUGGGGGUUCUGAAUAAAAAGGACUGGGGGUCGCAACGUAGCGGAGUGCCCUUGGCUCAGUCCUCGACCCCCGACCCCCAAGAGUGCUACAGAGCGCCUGCCGAGCCAAGCUAGAAAGUCGGCCCGGGCCCUGGGAGGGGAGCCCAAGGCAGAAACGGCCUUGCCUGGGUGGGGAAGCCCAGGGGCAGCCUCCCCUGCAGCGGCUUGGGGUGACCCACACUGCCCACCUCAGAGGGGCGUCAUCAGGGUCCAGCCCUGGGCCCCGCCCCAGGGUGGGCAGCACACACAUGAGGGCCCAUCGGCUGGAGCGGCUGCGGUUUUGGUGAGGAUGGGACCUGAGUCCCCCAAGGUCCUAGCAAUUGUGAAGAGGCCACAAAAUGGCCCAGUCAAUCCCACCUGGAGUUUUAUUUUUGGCAUCAGGGAUUGAGCCCAGAGGUACUUAACCACUGAACCACAUCCCCACCCCUUUUUUAUAUUUUAUUUAGAGACAGAAUCUCAAUUGCUGAGGCUGGCUUUGAACUCAAGA